UUGAGUUGAGCACCCGUUUUAUUUGAAAUUUGUUAUGAUCUUGUAGAUAAAAAUAAAAGAAAUGACGGAAGCUAAUGAAAAUUUAAGUAUUCAAGAUUUUUUAGCUUCACUUCAGAUUCCUUUCAAUGAAAAUGGGCAUGAGGAAAAUAAAGGAAUAGAUGAAUGUUUUUCUGAUGCGUUUGGAACUUCUCAAAAUCCGGUUGUAAACUCUGGUAAUCAAAAUGCGGAUAAUUACAAUCUGGAAGAUUUAGAUGAAUAUUUUUCUGAUGGAAUUGGGAUACUUGAUAGUUCAGAUGUAAGCACAGAUGAUGAGUCUUGCAAUGGAGAAAGUGAAGGAGAGAAAUCCGAAUGUUCGUCCGAUAAUCUAGGAUCUUCCGACAUUUCGGAUGAAAAUUCAGACAUCUUAGAUGUUCCCUCAGAAGAUCAUGAAAAUGCUCUUAAAGACUUUCCAAAUGACCUUAAAUUCCUCAAGUCUUGUUUAUCAGCAAAUAGAAAGCUUAAAGAAAAACUUACAGAGGUUUUAGAAAAGAUAAGAAAUUCUUUGGAUGAAAAUGAGACUCUGAUGAAAAAAUUUCAGGAGGCAAAAGCUGAUGAAAUAGCUAGAAGAGAAUGCAGAGAACCACUGCUUGCAACCAGGGCUCUCUUUUUAUCUCCAUAUUUUGCUGAGCCUGGACCCAUUGGAAUUUGUCCCCCUCAGAAUGAAGAUACUAUAGCUAAAUUAAGAAAUAAUGACAUUACUGCUUAUUAUCAUCCACCUAAUCCAUGGUCUAGCUAUGAAAAAUCUAAGCUUUUGAAAUCUGUUUAUGAAGUUUCUUUGGAUUAUGCUUUAAAACCAUACACCCAAAGGCUUGAUUUUUUGAAAGACAAGAUAAAGGAGCAGCGAAAAAAUGGGUGCCUUAUAAAAUAUCAAGAAAUUGAAAUGAAAGAAGAAAUAGCACGCAUUAAGUACAAUAUAAAAGAAAAGUGUAAAAAAUCAACUAAAGAAAUCAUCAAAGAAGCCGGAGAAAAUAUAGAUUGGAUGAGAAUUUCAGCGCAAUUUUUCGACGGCCGUAGAAGCGAAGAAGACUGUGAAUUCAUGUGGAAUAAUUGUCUAAAUAUUUUUGUUAAUAAGAAACCAUUUUCAACAGCUGAAGAUAAAAAGUUGAAAGAGAUUGCUAAAAAGCAUCAUGAGAGAAAUUGGGAUUUGAUUGCUGAAGAGCUACAGACUGGACGAACUGCUAUUCAGUGUUGCAUUAGAUAUCAAAGUACCUUAAAUAGAAAUAUGAUAAAAACGGGACCCUUUACGCCUGAAGAAGAUAAAAAAUUGCGAAGGGUGGUAGAAGAACUCAGAAUUGGAGAUUUUAUUCCUUGGAUUCAAGUGCAACAAUACAUUGGCGGGCGUACAAGUGAACAGAUUUCCCAACAUUAUAGAGUGACACUUAAAGAGACACUUAAUAAGAGUCCUUUUACAAAAGAAGAAGAUGCUUUGAUUUUGGCAUGUGUGAAAAAAAUUGGUAGUUCUAAUUAUUGGUAUAAAAUACAAAAGUACUUGCCAGAUCGUGAUAUUGGAAGAAUUAAGCACAGAUAUUUUUGGGCCCUUAAUCCUGCUUCAAAAAUUGGCCCUUGGUCAGAUGAAGAGAACUUCAAGCUUAUAGAACUUGUGAAAAAGUAUGGCUUUGGUAAAUGGAAUGUAAUAGCUAAACAAAUGCCUGGACGUCCUCGGAUGGUAUGCAAAAGGCAUAUAAAUACAUUGCUUAUAAAAGAUGAGGAAACAAAUGAAGUAAGGUUUAAAUCCCCAGAAGAAGUAAGGGAAUUGACAAACACUGGAAAGUUUACUAUAUAUUAUGAAGAAAGAAGAAAAAAUAUUAUCAAUUCUGCUUAUGAAACUUUGAAAUCUGCUUUAGAAAAAAUUCAAUAUCAUUUGAAGACGCCAAUAACUUUGGAUAAUCUAUCGGAAAUCAGUUUUCCUGGUCUGAGACUGCUUCAAAAAGUACUCUUGAGGCAAAAAAAUAAAUCUAUAAAAUGGGAUCUAAACACUUCUGGAUGGACUAAAAUUUUAAUGGAAAGACCGGAUUUAGGUGAUGAUAAGAAUACAUCAAAUUCAGAAUCUGAUUUUGAAGUGAAUCCAGAAUCUAAUAAAAUUGAAUCAAAUUGGAUGGAUCCAGAAAUCAAAACUCAGAAUUUAUAUUUAGACCAUAAAGAAAGAAAAGAAAUGGACGAAGAUGAAGAAACAUGGAUUCAGAAAGUGCUGCUCUCUAAAUUAGAAGAGGAAGCAAAUCGAGAACCUGUUCCAUACAAUGUGAAGUCAAUGAUUUCUAGGCUUGGGUUAGGUGCAACACUAGAGUAUUCAUUGUGUGAAGAGUAUCUACAACAGCAAAUGGGUUGUAAAACUUCCAAUCAAAAAGAUGAUGAUAUUUUGUGCACCAUGAAUGGACAUAAUUACAGAAUUUCCCUGCCUAAAGUGCUACAUCAUUUUGUUCAUACCCGGGUUUCUGAAGAUCAGAUACUCAUAUUACCUCCAAACUGUACAACUAUGGAUGCCAUGAAUAGGAUUCUAGAAUCAGAUAGUAUGCUACGCAAAACUGCUGAUUUUGUUGACCACAGUAUAGUGUAUCUUCGUUAUUUGCUAGGUCUUACUGGAAAGCAACCAAAAUGUGUUCGCUGUACCCUAGAAAAGAAAAAUAAAACUAAUCAUGAAAGCUAUCAAGUUGCUUUAGAUAACAUGAAAUCUCAUCUGCUAAUACCAACAGUGGAAUUAAAAAAGUCAGCCAUGGUUGAAACAUUAUUUCCUGCAUAUCAGCUAAAAGAAUGUUGGUGUGAUGAAUUAAUUGAAUCAAAAAAGACAGUUGAGUUAUUAACUAAACGCUUUAUGACCUUAUUCUUUUGGCCUUAUUUUCUGCAAUCAAUCGAGCCAACAAAGCAGCAAACCGAAUUGUUGACACGAUCGGGAUCUUACAAAUACAAACAAAAGAAGCGAAAAAAGAAACUGUUAUCAAGAGACAAGAAUGAGAGUGAAAAUGAAGGCUGUUCCAAAAGGAAACGUCGAAGAAAGAAUUUAACAGAUACAGAAACAGAGGAGGAAGAUUCUGAAUCAGAUAGACUUUCUUGUUCAUCAUCAUCAACAACUGUACAGAGAAGCCAGAGUCACCCACAUACUGCUCAGAAUAAAGCCGAUGAGGUGGAGGUAGUAUGUUUAAGUGAUACUCCAGAAGAUUUCCCCUAUGCUGAGCCAAUGGAAUAGAAUUUCAUAUGAAAUUGAAUGGAGCUAUUUAAUAUUUUAUUAAUGAAAAGUAAAAUGUAAUUAUUUGUUAUGCUUAAUAGCUAAACACUUAAUAUAGUAUUUAAAUACAAAUUGUAGUAAGUGUAAAUUUAAAUUUGAUUAAAAUAUUAGGAAUCAAAAUAUAUAAUUAAUACCCUUUUUUUUUCUUCUUCUUUUUCUUUUGUUAAAAUUGGAAGUUAAUUUUUGAUUUCAAGGUUUGAAUUUAUGCAGCACUAUCAAUUUAAGUUUAUAAAAAUGAGUUUCUUUAUGCAUUUUUCUAAACAGGAAAAAGGUUAAAGUUUUUAAAAAUAUCCUAUUUUUAAGAAAAUUUAUUAAAUAAUUUAAAACUUCUGCUUAAAUGUAUACCCUUAAGAAUUUAUGCAUGUAAGUGUAAGUUUUUGAAAACUAAUAAAAUUAACAAGUUUUAUAAU